AUGGACUAUUUACGUUAUGAUGACCAACGUCGUUAUGGCGAAAAAGAAGACCCUAGACUACUUGAAGUAACUCAAUGUCCUACUGAUGCUGCUGCUUUAACAAAUUGUGCCUACAUUACUCCUGGUUUCAUGGAUCCCAAAAUUCAUUACAUUAUUGUAGACCGUGAACAUGCUUUUUCUGUCAAAUUUGAUAGGUCAAUUCCAAAAGGCCAGAUUGGCUUUAAUAGCAUACAACGUCGCUGGGCAUCUUUUUCAAUAGGCCAAAAAGUAAUUGUAGAACCAUUUGACGUUCAUUCUGAAGGCAUGGAUAUCUAUCUUGGUAUUUUAAAGAUGGAGAUUGACUUUUUUUCAAAAAGUAAUAGACUCCCGGAUGAAUUUAAAGAAGAUGAUCUCGCAAAAGCAUUUUCAGAAACCUUUUAUUAUCAAAUAUUUUCAAAGGGACAAUCUCUAGUAUUUGAAUAUUGCGGUGUCAAGUUUAAAGUAACCAUUCAAGAUUUGGCUGUAGUCGAUUUGAAUGUAUUAAAGAAGGGUGAAGUGAAUGCUCGUCAAGAAAGUCAACCAGACGCCUUUCGUGGUAUUUUAAUGCGUGAAACCAAUAUUGAGCUUACAAAGGCAGAAGGUUCGUUCCUAAAUCUGAAACCAUCAAAAAAUAAGGCGAUGAGAACAAAAGCAUUGAUAAAACCAGAUUUUAAAUUUGAAGAUCUUGGCAUUGGUGGUUUAGACGAUGAAUUUAAUGCCAUCUUUCGUCGUGCUUUUGCUUCCCGUAUUUUCCCUCCUGCUUUAGUAGAAAAAUUAGGUGUUCAGCAUGUGAAAGGUAUCUUACUUUAUGGUCCUCCAGGUACAGGUAAAACUUUAAUGGCACGUCAAAUUGGUAAAAUGUUAAAUGCCAAGGAACCUAAAAUUGUGAGUGGUCCUGAAAUUCUUUCCAAGUUUGUUGGUCAGUCUGAAGAAAAUGUUCGAAAGUUAUUUGCUGAUGCUGAGGACGAGUAUCGUAAAAAGGGAGAGGAUUCAAGUUUGCAUAUCAUUAUCUUUGAUGAGUUAGAUGCGAUCUGUAAGUCUCGUGGUACGCGUAGUGGUGACACGGGUGUAGGUGAUUCAGUAGUAAAUCAAUUAUUAGCCAAGAUGGAUGGUGUUGAGCAAUUGAAUAAUAUCCUUAUUAUUGGUAUGACUAACAGAAAGGAUAUGAUUGAUGAAGCCAUUUUACGUCCUGGUCGUCUUGAAGUCCAUAUGGAAAUUGGUUUGCCUGAUGAAAAAGGUAGACUUCAAAUUCUUAAAAUUCAUACUAGUAAAAUGAGGUCGAAUGAUGCCUUGGAUUCUGAUGUCAGUCUUGAAGAACUAGCCGACUUAACCAAGAAUUAUAGCGGUGCAGAAAUUUCAGGUGUUGUUAAAGCUGCCACUUCUUAUGCAUUCAGUCGACAUAUCAAGGUUGGUUCCCUAGAAGGUGUUUCGACUGAUAUGGCUGAAAUGAAGAUUUGUAUGGAUGAUUUUUUGAAUGCUCUCAAGGAAGUUCAACCUGCCUUUGGUGUCUCUGAAGUUGAACUACAACAAUGUGUUCAAAAUCAUAUCAUUCCAUUCAGUCCCCGUAUUGAGCAAAUCUUGGAUGAUGGUCGUCUUUAUGUAGAUCAAGUACGUCAAUCAUCUCGUACACCUUUAGUUAGUGUCUUAUUGAAUGGCCCAACGAGCGCAGGCAAGACAGCUUUAGCUGCUACUAUUGCUAUGCGAAGCGACUUUCCAUUUAUCAAACUAAUUUCUCCUGAAACAAUGGUUGGUAUGACUGAAUCUCAAAAGGUGAACGAAAUUAAUAAGAUCUUUAAUGACUCUUAUAAAUCACCUAUUAGUGUAAUUGUUAUUGAUGCUAUUGAACGUCUUUUAGAUUAUGUACCUAUUGGACCUCGAUUUUCAAAUGCAGUCUUACAAGCUCUUCUAGUUCUCCUUAAAAAGAAACCACCAAAGGAUCGUCGUCUCUUGAUUUUGGCCACUACAUCACAACACGAUAUUCUGGAACAGAUGGGUAUGACCUCUGAAUUUUCUGCCGAAAUCUAUGUGCCUACAAUCACAUCGCUUGAGAGUAUGGAUAUUAUCUUGCAACAACUUGAAUUAUUUAAUGAUUCAGAAAGAGAAGAAGCUCUUUCACGUUUGAAGGAAGCUAAUAUGGAUCAGAAAUUGACGCUUGGUAUUAAAAAGUUAUUGAUGAUUAUUGAAAUGGCAAGACAGGAUAAAGAUAAAGUUGAUAAAUUUGUUAAUACCAUUUUAUAUUUAUAA